AUUGUAGUUUGAUUGAAUGCGUGAAGUGUGAAGGGAGUGAGUGGAGUUGUGCCAUAGAGAAGAAAGAUGAGCGUGGUGGCGAAUAGUGUGAUUACUCAGAAUCAGAAUAAGAAUCAUAACGUGUUUGUGUAUGGUAGCCUCCUUGCGGAUGAGGUUGUCCGUGCCCUCUUGAAUCGCGUCCCUCCAUCCGCACCUGCUACCCUCCCCGAUUUCCAUAGAUUUAAGAUCAAAGGUCGCGUUUAUCCUGCUAUCCUCCCCGUCCAGUCUAAAAAUGUCACCGGCAGGGUCCUUCUUGGCAUCUCAGGAUUGGAACUCCAUAUUUUAGAUGAAUUUGAAGAUGUUGAAUAUAUUAGAACUGACGUUCAGGUUUCCUUUUUGGAGCCCAAUUCUCAAAACUUGCCGGUUCAAGCUUAUGUUUGGAGCAAUCCAAAUGAUCCUGAUUUGUAUUCCCACUGGGAUUUUGAGGAAUGGAAAAAUGUUCACAUGAAUGAUUUCGUCAAGAUGACUGAUGGCUUCGUGAAACAGUUGGAAUUGCCAGAAUCAAAGCCAAGAGUUCAGACUUAUGAAUCCUUCUACAAGCAAGAAAACGAUAAGCCACUUGACCCUUGAUGUUUACAGCUUGUAAAAACUCUGCAUUAUGUUUAUUGUGAAGUAUUGUAUGAUUUCACCAAGAAUCAUACUAUUACUCUUGACAAUUAUCAGUUUCUCUCCUAAUAAUUCAUCUAAUGUUUUUAAUAAGCAUAAGCAUAUUAAUGCUUUUUUACAAUGACAAGGUAGUGAUGUAUUUAUGAUCAAA